AUGCCGUACGAGGUCCUUGUUGGCGGCUCGUGCUACACGGCCCCGGAUGCCCAGAAGCUGCGGGAGCUCAUCAACAAAUCCAGCCCCUCCAAGGUCAAGGACGUCCGCGGCCAAUGGAUCUACUAUGUGAACCUGCAGGUGUCGUCUCACGACACGCUGGAGCAGGUCGAAGAGCUGCUGCACGACGUCAAGGGCUGGGGGCUGGCUUCCGAGGCUGCCGGCAACGCCGUCACCAUCUACGCAACGCCUCGCUACAUCUCACCAUGGAGCUCCAAGGCCACCAGCAUCGCUCACGUGUGCGGCCUGAGGGAGCGAGUCCUGCGGAUUGAGCGAGGCCGUCGCAUCUCCAUUGAGUUUGAGAAUGCCCUGCCCGAAGGCGGAGAUGCCGCAUUCCGCGAUGUGCUUCACGACCGCAUGACGGAGCUCUUCACUCCCCAGGCACCGUCUCUGGUGCAGAUGUUCGAGUCCAAGUCUUCAUCUCCCCUGGUUGCCGUCGACAUCUUCGCGGAUAAGGAGGAUCCGAUGCGGAUUCUCAGAGAGUACAAUCUCAAGAUGGGUCUGAGCCUCGACGACUCUGAGAUGCAGUACCUCGUCGACACUUUCACCAAACUUGGACGCCCGCCUCACGAUGUCGAGCUGUUCAUGUUUGCCCAGGUUAACUCAGAGCAUUGCCGACACAAGGUCUUCAACUCGUCGUGGAUCAUCGACGGCGUCGCUCAAGACCAGAGCUUGUUUGGAAUGAUCAGGGCGACUCAUAACAAGACGCCGCAAUUCACUGUUUCUGCUUACAGUGACAACGCGGCGGUCAUUGAGGGCGAUCAUGCCAAUGUUUGGGCGCCGGAUUAUUCCACCGGCUCUUGGAAGCUAAUUCCGGAAGUCGUCCAUAUCCUGACCAAGGUUGAGACGCACAACCACCCAACGGCUAUCUCUCCUUUCCCUGGAGCAGCCACCGGCUCAGGUGGAGAAAUCCGAGAUGAAGGCGCCGUCGGACGAGGUUCUACCACCAAGGCCGGCCUAAGCGGCUUCUGGGUCUCAGACCUACUUAUCCCUGACAACAAAGCGCCCUGGGAGGCUGACAUUGGCCGGCCUAGCCACUAUGCCAGCAGUUUAGACAUUAUGCUGGAGGCACCAAUUGGUAGUGCGCGAUUCAACAACGAGUUUGGCCGUCCCGCUCUCGCAGGUUGCUUCAGGACACUCCUCACACCCGAGGAUGCCAAUACUAGCUCCGAUCUAUCAGGCGUCACAAAUUGGCGGGGCUACCACAAGCCCAUCAUGAUUGCUGGUGGUAUGGGAACUGUUCGGCCCCAGCAUGCUAUCAAGGAGCAGCAACAUGUUCGAGAGGGCGCCCACGUUAUUGUUCUUGGAGGCCCUGCAAUGCUCAUUGGCCUAGGUGGCGGUGCCGCAUCUAGCAGCGACGCUUCAGAAAGCAACGCGGAUCUCGAUUUUGCCAGUGUUCAGCGUGGCAAUCCUGAAAUGGAACGACGCGCUCAAAUGGUCAUCAACACUUGCACUGCCCUGGGUGACCAGAAUCCGAUAGGCAUGAUCCACGAUGUUGGUGCUGGUGGACUAUCCAAUGCUCUUCCUGAGCUUGUGAAGGAUGCUGGAUACGGAGGAAAGUUUGAGCUUCGCCAAGUGGAGAGUAUGGACCAGAGUAUGAGUCCGUUGGAGAUUUGGUGCAACGAGGCUCAGGAGCGAUAUGUCCUGCUUGUUAACGCUGAUGGCAUGAACCGCUUCACAAGCAUCUGCCGACGUGAGCGAUGUGGAUUUUCUGACGUUGGAACUGUGGUCUCCAAAGAUGAGCAUGGAGAGACCAGUCUGAUCCUGACCGACAGAGAGUCCAAGGAGUACCCCAGGCCGAUUGACUUGCCCAUGGACGCCCUGUUCCCCCCUAAGCGCCUGCUGGAGAGGGAUGUUGCCUCCAAGAAGCCCAACGUGCUUCCUUUCCAUACACUGGCCAGCCUACAAAAGGCGUACGGAGAAUUGAGCGGAGCUGAGCUGUUUAAGAAGGCUGUUGAGCGCGUCUUCCUGAUGCCAGCGGUCGGUUCCAAGUCCUUCUUGAUUACCAUUGGUGAUCGAUCUGUCGGCGGUCUCACUGUGCGCGAUCAAAUGGUUGGACCUUGGCAAACCCCAGUUGCCGACGUUGCGGUAACAGCUACGUCGUUCCACCUGGAUACCAAGCAAAAGACUGGUGAGGCCAUGGCAAUGGGAGAGAAGCCUACACUUGCGAUGAUCGAUCCCGCCGCUUCUGCUAGAAUGGCCAUUGCCGAGAGUUUGCUGAACAUUGGCGCUGCCGACGUCGGACCUGAUAUGCGCCGCAUUAAGCUCUCUGCCAACUGGAUGGCUGCUGUGAAUCACGCUGGCCAAGGAGCUGCUCUUUAUGAAGCAGUCCAAGCAGCUAUGGAGAUGUGCACCAAGAUCAACGUCAGCAUUCCUGUUGGCAAAGACUCAACAUCAAUGAAGGCAUCUUGGAAGGAUGGAGAGCACUCGAAGAACGUCACGGCACCAGUCUCUGUGGUCAUUUCCGCAUUUUCUACGGUGCGAGAGAUUCGCAGCACUUGGACUCCCCAGCUUCGCAGGGUGGAAGAUGUUGGCGAGACUUCUCUCAUGUUUGUCGAUCUUGCAGAAGGACGCAGGGCUAUGGGUGGCUCGGCGCUCGCACAGUCUCUCGGCGCUAUUGGAGACACGGCGCCUGACAUGAAGAACUUUGACCUCAUCACAGACUACUUUGAUGCCCUUUCCCAGCUUCACAAGAGUGGCGUUGUCCUUGCCUACCACGACAGGUCUGACGGUGGUCUGAUGGCGACCGUGGCUGAAAUGAUGUUUGCUGGUCGCUGUGGUGUUGACAUGAUGUUGGAUGGAAUUUCCAAGUCGGGCAGCCCCGAAGACAUUAUCGAGGCCAUGUUCAACGAAGAGCUUGGUGCUGUGUUCCAGAUCCGCACUGACGACGAAAUCAACUUCAAGCGAUGCUUCGCUACCUGCGGACCCCCGCCCGGAUUGAUCCGCAAGUUUGGUGUUGUUCGAACUACCGGCAAGCAAAACCUCAACAUUCGUUACGGAGGCACCACUUUCACCACCCUUGACCGAACCGAAAUGCAGCAGUGGUGGUCCAAGACCUCUUUCGAGAUGCAGAAGAUCAGAGACAACUCUGCUUGUGCCGAGUCUGAAUUCUCGACCAUUGCCGACUCUGCAGACCCCGGCAUUACCUACAAGCUGUCAUUCAACCCUGCCGAGAAGAUUGAGUCUCUGAUGUCUCCCAUCACCGGCCUCUUUAAGAAGACCCCCCGCGUUGCUAUUCUCAGAGAGCAGGGAGUCAAUGGCUACGCAGAGCUCGCCUACGCUUUCAGGGCUGCCAACUUUGAGCCCAUUGAUGUCCAUAUGACGGACAUUCUGGAUGGCCGGUCACUUGCCGACUUCACCGGUCUGGCCGCCCCUGGAGGCUUCUCGUAUGGUGACGUCCUCGGCGCUGGCCAGGGCUGGGCCAAGUCGAUUCUGAUGCACGACAAUACGCGCAGAGAGUUUGCCGCCUUCUUCAAGCGUCCCGACACCUUUGCGCUGGGUGUAUGCAACGGUUGCCAGAUGCUCACGAGAAUCAAGGAGCUGAUCCCUGGCGCCAAGGACUGGCCCACUUUCGUGGACAACACCAGCGAGCAGUUCGAGGCCCGCUACAGCAUGGUCAAGGUGCAGGUCGACAAGUCCAAGCCGUCCGUCUUCUUCCACGGCAUGGACAGCUCCGAGCUGCCCAUUGUCGUGUCCCACGGAGAAGGUCGCGCCUCGUUCUCCUCGCCCAACUCCCUCCAGAGCUUGACGGAGUCUGGCAUGGUGCCCCUCCGAUACGUUGACAACCGCGGCAACGUGACGGAGCAGUACCCGUAUAACCCCAACGGCAGCCCGAUGGGUGUUGCCGGUGUGUCCAGCCCCGAUGGCCGUGUGGUCGCCAUGAUGCCUCACCCCGAGCGUACCAUCAUGGCGGACAUUACCAGCUAUGCGCCUCCGGAGGAUCUUGAGCAAUGGGGCGAGUUUGGUCCCUGGCUGAGGAUGUUCCGCAGUGCCCGCAGAUGGGUUGGUUAG